AUGGUCGUUGAAAGUAUGGUCAAAAUCGAGCCCACCAUGAUGAACGGUCAGACGAUGUUCGGCGUGGCGCGGGCUCCGCUCAAAUCGAGCUUCUCCAUUAACUCGAUCCUGCCAGAAACGAUGAAAUCAUCCCCAUCGCCCACACCCUCACCCACGCUACAGUCCUGCCCGUCACCGAUCGGUUCGGAGGAGCAAGAUCACGAUCUCACCGACACUGAGAGUGAUCUCGACGUGACUGGAACACCUCCACCGAUGGAUUGCAGCAGCAAGGACAAAUCGGACGAAACGGAGGGUGAUGGAGCGAGUGGUGCCGGUAGCCCCUCAGCCAGUCCGGCCAAGGAUGGUGAGAAAAAGGGCAACGAAAAGCCCCCGUACAGCUACAACGCACUUAUCAUGAUGGCGAUCCGGCAAAGCGCGGAAAAACGGCUCACACUGAACGGCAUCUACGAGUACAUCAUGCGCAAUUUCCCGUACUACCGUGACAACAAGCAAGGCUGGCAGAACUCGAUCCGGCACAAUCUCAGCCUGAACAAGUGCUUCGUGAAGGUUCCGCGCCACUACGAUGAUCCCGGCAAGGGCAACUACUGGAUGUUGGAUCCGUCGGCUGAGGACGUCUUCAUCGGAGGUUCCACCGGAAAGCUGCGGCGUCGUUCAACGGCCGCUUCACGCAGUCGGUUGGCCGCCUUCAAGCGAUCUCUCGUAGGACCCAUGUUCCCCGCACUCGGUUACCCCCAGUUCGGUCAGUUCCUGUAUCCCUCGCACGCCCAGGCCCAAACGGCACUGUUGGCCGCCCAAAUGUACCGGUACGCGCCUUACGCGCCCAGCAUGGCACCAAAACCGACCGCUUUGCCAUUGCCAUUGGGCCCACUCGGUGCCGUCGGUACCGGAUUCGGCAUGGAUCGGUUACUGGGUGCGGCUGCUGCCGCCUCCCAGAUGCACCCACAAGCCCCUCUCUCUGCCAGUGGCCCCACCAGCCAAGCACAACAAGCCGAGAUCUACCAAAGACUCCAGUACCAUCAGCAUCUGCUGCAGCAACAUGCGGCCGCUCAGCAAGCUGCUGCAGCUGCGCAAGCACACCAUCAGGCAGCCGCAGCCGCCCAUCAUCAGCUGCAGCAACAGCUUAGUCCCACGGCUAGUGAAGGCUCACCUCAUCACCACCCACACGCACACCCGCAGCAUUCGCCCUUGGGCACACUCCCACAAGGAUCACCAACGGGGCACAUCUCACCGACGGCGCCCGGGGCUGGGAUGAUCUUCAAACCCAUCACACUCGUGUCCCGCCAGAGCUAG